AUGGCAUCUGUUCCCUCAGCCUCUGCCUUCUCAUUGCCAAUUCCAUCAUGGCAACAACCUCAAAGUGCGCGCAUUGCCCGGUAUGAUACGAGGAAGCGUAGGAAAUGCUAUGAUGACUGGGGCACCGAGGAAGAUGCUUUUGAAGGCGAAACAACUGAUGCUGGAUCUGAAAUCGCACCUUCUGGAGCAUCAUUAAUUCUGUCACCAGAAGAAGCACAUCAAUAUCGCAUAGCCGGUUUAUCUUUCGACAGAGAACUACCAGGGGGCCAUUUCCCACAUGGUCCCGCCAAAGAUGAAACCGCUAGCAACCGGGGAAAGGAUAAUAUUAUGAAAGGAUUAUCAUCAUUGACACCACCGAUUUACCCACCGCAGUCUGCAGCCUACCAAGGCAAUCUUCGUCUGCAGCAUCUUGCUGUUCUCUCUUCUAUUUUGCAUCGUUGCCUUCUUGAUAGAGACUAUGUUCGUGCUGGAAGGGCCUGGGGCAUAAUCCUUCGUGAGGAAUUUCAAGGAAACCCGAUUGAUGUGCGCGCUGAAGGGAGAUGGGGUAUUGGGGCUGAAAUAUUGCUCCGUCGAGAUCGCCAACUAUCGGAAAUCGCCUCGGGGUCUGUGAGAGCUGUCAAAAAUGGCCAAAAAACGGAAAUCUCUAAGCUUUAUUUUACAAGAAAAGGUUUCGAGGCUGCCAAGCAAUACUAUGAGAGACUCGUGGUCCAGUAUCCAUUUCGGAAAACUGCUCCAGACUUCACUAGUUCUUUGCACUUUUACCCGGCCAUGUUCGGACUUUGGGUUUAUGUUACGCAAGAGGAGAGCAAUGCUGCUCGUCAAGAUAUCCGGAAUCGUCAGGAAGUUCCACCAAAAGAAGAGUCGGACGAUGCAGCAUCUGAUCUAGAGAGUUCUGAUGGCUCAAGUCAAGAAACGCAGAGCCUUGUCGCAGACAUCAGAGCAAUUGAGUUGCACGAAGCCCAGAAGAUUGCGACAAGAAUGGAUGAAGUUCUUGUCUCUCCCCCAUAUUCUGAUUCUCCUGACUUACUAGAACUUAGAGGCAUGAUUUCUCUUUGGAUUGGCGACCUUUUCAUGUCCUCUUUGGCCCAUCGCGUGGAGGAUACCGAUGGGUUUGAUGACAACAACUUGAUUCCAGGAGAAGACUUCCAAGACUCGAUUCAAGCCAGACGGGAGCAGAGACUUGCGGAUGAGAAGAGACAAUCUGAGGUUGAAAAGGCUCAAGGUUUCUUUGAAAAAGCGAAGCAGCAUUAUGUACAUUCAAAAGAAGCUGGUCAACACAGACCACCCAAGCUUGAUGUCUCCAAUCAAUCACGGCAGCAGAUAGCCGAACAGGCAAGGGUUGAAGUUCCGACACCAAAAUUGAUUGCGCCGACACCUCUGCCAAUCAAUAGACCAACUCAGUUUGAGCAGUACGGUGGCCCGCCUGCUCCUGGGGGGCCACAUGGACCAAACGAAAAUGGUGCGAAGAGGGACAUGUUUGACACAGAUGUGGAAGGUGUCGAUGACUCGACCAUUGCAGCGACGAGUGUUGCUGGUGUUGAGGAUCUUCCAUACCGAUUCUCUCCCGCCCCGAAUGCUCGACGGCAAGAUGCUGCUGCGAACACUCUGCACCAGUUCCAACAAACACGGCGCCCUUUUGACUCUCAAUGGUAUGACAGUUUGGGGGACAGAGCCUUGAAAACUGCCGGAUUCGACUCAGAUGAAAUCGACAAUGAAAGUCAGCUAACAUCAGUGGCGGGUGAUGAUGAGGCCUCCGAUGGAACCAACGAAUCGGUGGUUCCUAUCAGAAAACGCCUCAAUGAUGAGCCUCUGAGCAAACGUCUGCAGAACUUCUGGAAUGCCGGCCGAAAGACGUACUACCAACCGGAAAAUCAGGCUCAUGUGGAGUCAAAGAUCCCAACUUUCACCCGGUCAAUACAGGACGCUAAACGGACUAGUCAAGUCCUACCUGCCGCUGCACCUAGGAAAGUUACACUCCCUCCUAAUACGAGUGCAACCCCGAGGACAAGAUUCAGCCCGCCAAAGCCUACUCUUCUGGAACAAUUAGACUUGACCCCUACACGUCGCACCCCUGGUCCUCGGCCCCAACAAUCCCAGAGAAUUACGAGCAUUGAAACUUCAGACUCCGUGGAAAAUGUAGGCCUCGGGUUCUUUUCAAACAACUACGGCAGACGUGGUAGCAUGCAGUCAAUAACUGCUUUUGACGUGACAAAUAUCGAUGCCCUUAAUGACGAUGAUGACCCCAUCAAUGAUCCCUUCUCUAGACGUCUCUCAGUCCAGCGUAUUAGUCCGGAUCAACACAACCCGAAGAAGCGUCAUAUCGAACCUGACUAUCCGCCAGAUAUACUCUAUCAGAAGUCAUUUGCUGAGCUUCAAGCGGAGCCUUUUGACCAUAUUCCAGCAGCCGCCCCAUCAUCGAACGCAACCCAGGAAACGCAACCCGAUCCAGAAGACAAAAUCCCGUACCUCAUGAAUCUUUCCGAUGCCGAACGUCGCACUUAUUUCUCCAAUCUAUCAAUGGACGAAUGGGAGGAUUGCGGUGAUCAGUUAAUAGAUCAAUUCACUCAGAUGCUCACCAAGAUGAAGGACCUGCGUCAUGCUCGACGAAAAACGGCCGCUAUGUUCGAAGCCGAGAUCAAGAGAAGACACGAGAGUGUCGAGGAGCAAUCUUUUGAUCUUUCUAGAAAGCUAGAUGAAAUGAGGUCCGGUGGUGCUGAGGUACUACGUGGUCGCACUCCGUGA